AUGGGGAGAGGCCGCCACCGCCGGCUGCGCUCUGCCACGCCGGAGUCCGACUUGGAAGGUUUCGAGUUCUUCACGAUCAUACUUGAGAAUUCCUCCAGCAGGCAGAGGCUGCCUGACACUUUUAUGAAGAUGUUGGACGGCCGUCGGCCACAGAAUGUGAAGCUGCGACAGGCCGACAACGGGCUUUGCAGGCUGUGGGAUGUGGAGGUGGUGUUCGACACCGACCACCACAUGUACCUGUGUCGUGGCUGGGAGCAGUUCGUCCGUGCCUACGACCUGCGGCACGGGUACUUCCUUGUCCUCAGGUACGACGACAAGACCAUGCUCACCAUGAAGGUGUUCAACACGACUAUGUGCCGCAUGCGCUACCAGGACGACGACGAUGCCAGUAUGCUCUGCCUCUUCUUCCUCUCCAUUUGA